GUACUCGUCAAAUCUUGGCAUCUCGUGUCCAUCCUGUCCUCUUCGUGGCCAAUGACCUAACCAUGUUCUACCAAAAUCAGCCUGCUCCUCACAUGUGCAGCAUGGACGCGAGCAAAGCGAGCUUCAUUGUGGAGGCUGGGUUCUCUUGGCGUCAGACCCCGUGAAGCUGUGCGACUUGCAGCUGCAGAAACAUCGCAGGGUGGAGUGGUUGAAGUAUUCGAGCUUCCCUCAUGCUGUAGACCGGUUCCAAAGGAUCCACACAGAUAUGAUAAUUUCAUCAAAGAGAUGGCAGUCAUUCCACAGACUAAGCCAGCGUACAUCGCUAAGGAGAACAAGAUGACUGGCGUAGAAGUAAAUCAUCAUCCACGACAUCGGAUGUUUGCAGAUUCCGACGCUGACGGUACCCAGAUCGCACAACCCUCUAUCACAACCGUCUCUCCCUCCUCGUCAAGUGUCGAGAAAUCCCGUCUUCCGAACUCAGGCAUAUACCCGGCACCUCCUACGUCUGGUUCAACAUUUCACAUCUACCACAAACAUGAAGUCCACCUCGUCCUCACUCCACUCCCCGAUCCCACAAAAGACCGGCGCUUAGGUCCCACCCUCGCCGAACAGAAGGCCAAACGCCUGGCGAAGAAAACCCGUCAGGCCUGCCCCCUCUCCCCAACCUCACCAGACGAUAAUGCAUUCUUGCUCCAUACACCCUACCUCUCCUUCCAUUGCCCCCCACAGGUCCUCUACCUCGGUGAUACCAAACAUGCCGCCCCCGCUAUACUCAUCCACUCCCGCUGCUUCUGGCGCGAGUACAAACUCCAGCUCGGCCCCACAAUCGUAGAGGUUCUCGAUUCGCGGGGUGUAGUAGGUCUGCAAUACCAUGCAGACAAGAAGACGAGAAAAGCUGACGAAAGCGCACUGAAGGGGUAUAGGGUCAGAGGGUGGAGGUUAUGGGGUGAGACGGGAAAAAGCUACGUCCACGGUGUCAAGAAGGCUCGUGAAACAGGGGAAGGUAUAGACCCAGAUGUUUUCGAGGAACUUGGGCUUGAAGAGAAGCCAAAGGCUGAUGAGGUUGUGUACUUGCGCUGGACGAACCCAUUUUCGGUGCACACGAGACGAUACCACUUUAGCUAUCGUGGGAUUGACUUUUGGUGGAAGGGCACAGGAACUGUCAAGGAAGACAGAUGUUGUGGAUUUCUACUGCGGUACUGUCAUUUGAAACUCGUCGCCAAGUCACCGGCCACAGCAGACGAACAUCAACCGGAGGUUUGUUUGGGCAAGUACACAGCCUCGGUCGCUAGCAAAAAGAGCGGUACACUCGUCUUAUUCGACGCGGCGAUUCUACGGCUUGUGGACGAGCAUGUGCCAGCGUUGCUUGGUCGGGAAUCAGUCGACCAGAUGAAUGAGCAGGAAGGUGUGACACAGAAUGAGGAUGAAGAGGAUAGACUGACAGAGAAGGAGACCGAGGAUAAGAGCGACGAAGAGGCAAUAAAGAUCGCGCGCGUGAAGAAGAGUACGUUGUAUCAAGUCAUUGUCGCGACGGCGACGUGUAUGAUCAGAGCGGAGAAAGAAAAGAGGCACACGCUUAUGAAUCUUAUUAUCAGUACUGGAGAUGGCGCUGGAGGGGCUGCGGGCUGA